AUGGAGGAUAUUUUUCAGUGGUGUAGGGAAGGUAAUGCCCUGCAGGUGCGAGUUUGGCUUGACGAUACGGAGCAUGAUAUGAACCAAGGUGAUGAUCAUGGGUUCAGUCCGCUACACUGGGCAUGUAAAGAAGGUCAUAUUAAGAUAGUGGAAAUGUUGAUAAAACGAGGAGCAAGAAUUAAUGUUACAAAUAUGGGUGAUGAUACUCCAUUGCACUUGGCUGCCGCACAUGGUCAUAGACCUAUUGUUCAAUUGUUGCUUCAAAAUAGAGUUGAUGUUAACUUUACAAACGAACAUGGAAAUGCUCCCCUACAUUAUGCUUGUUUUUGGGGGUAUGGUGCAAUAGCUGAAGAUUUGUUGUUAGCUGGUGCUUUGGUGUCUUUGGCUAAUAAAGAUGGAGACACACCUUUAGAUAAAACAAGGGGUCAACUUGUGCAGAGACUCCAUGAGUUAGCCGUGAAUCAAGGCCAAGAUCUAAAGAAGAUACAGUUUAAAGACCAGUCCUGGCUUGGUCUGAAAACUCGCAGUCGAGAUGCCACACUCUCACGACACAAGGGCAUCAACAUAAAUGAACUGGCUUUACACACCAGGAUUGCCGUUACUCCCUCUGGUGAGUCAUGGCGUGGUCGGUGGCAAAAGAAUGAUAUAGUGGCGAAGAUAAUAGCAGUACGCGAGUGCACUCCGCGCGUGCAGAGGGACUUCAAUGAGGAGUUCCCCAAGCUCAGGAUAUUCUCGCACCCAAAUAUUUUGCCUGUGGUGGGUUGCUGCGUGUCGCCACCGUCGCUGGUGGUGAUCUCGCAGUACAUGUCGUGGGGCUCGCUGCACGCGCUGCUGCACGGCGCGGGCGCGGCGGCGGUGGGCGGCGCGGGCGGCGCGGGCGGGCGCGUGGUGCUGGACGCGGGCGCGGCCGUGCGGCUGGCGCGCGACGUGGCCGCCGGCAUGCACUACCUGCACUCGCUGCAGCGCGACCGCGUGCUGCCCACCUACCAUCUGAACAGCAAGCAUGUUAUGAUCGACGAGGACCUGACGGCGCGCAUCAACAUGGCGGACGCGAAGUUCUCGUUCCAGGAGCGCGGGCGCGUGUACGCGCCGGCGUGGAUGUCGCCCGAGGCGCUGCAGAAGCCCGCGGCGCGCCGCAACUGGGAGGCCGCCGACAUGUGGAGCUUCGCCGUGCUGCUGUGGGAGCUCGCCACCAGGGAGAUACCAUUCGCUGAUUUAUCACCAAUGGAGUGUGGCAUGAAAAUAGCACUGGAAGGACUUCGCGUUACCAUCCCUCCAGGUGUAUCCCCACACAUCUCAAAACUGAUCAAAAUAUGUAUGAACGAAGACCCUGGGAAACGACCUUCCUUUGAAAUGAUCUUACCUAUUCUCGAAAAAAUGAAACGC